GCAUCACCACCACCAGCAUGAAGAUUUAAAACGUUCUCGUGGGGAUCAGACACACUCAGAGGAGCAGAAACCGCUGAACAAAGAACAUUCUCUCAACUCAACUGAUUUGACUUUCACAGCUUAGAGAUGGAACGAGGAUUGAUCCUGUUGGUCGCUGCUUUUAUGGUUUUUGUGGCACCUGGUGUCCGAGGAACGGCUCAUUUGUCAUUUGCCAACAAUACAGAGGUGAACAUCACUCGGACAGGCUGCAGAGUCAGUAAACUGUGUUUGGAGACACCAAAUAACUGUGAUCCUGCAGGAAACGGCACCUGUCUGUUUGGGUCUCUUGUUGCCAGCCCCCCAGUGGCUCCCAAUGGCGUUAACCUGUCCGUCGAACUCAGAGGAAACUCAAUGGGUUAUGUCGCACUGGGACUUACCGUGAAUGCAUCUGAGGGUGGCACCAUGCUGUUUGUCUGUGCUCAGAACAGCUCAAACAAUGGUUCAUUUUUCUUCCGCACAAUGAUGAGGAACAACACGGAUGAUAUGCUCACUCCAACAGAAACGAGAGUGACAGAAAUCCGAGGCUCAGUGAAGGACAACGUGAUCCAGUGUGAGUUUGUUGUCCCAGGUGUGAACGCCACCAGCACAAGGAGCAGCGAUGCUACCACCUUCGACGUCCUCCUGGGGACUGGUACUUUUAAUGGAAAUUCUCUCGGUCCCUUCAAUGUCUCCCUGAACAGCGGUGCUCUGAACAUCGCCGACCCGACGAGCAACACAGCAGGAACCACAGCAGCACCCACAAUGACCAGCAGCAGUACAACAGCAGGCACCUGUGUUCUCCACCCUCAUGCUUUGCUUGUCCUGCUGAGUGUCCUCACACUGUCCGUCAUGCAGAAAGCCUGAAAGAGUCCAGAGGAAAAGUUGUGUUCUGAAUGAUACAAUGAAGACAUGUGCCCUGGAGUUAUGCACAGAGGACAACUGAGUGUCAUUAAAUUAUGUGUAAAUUGUAUUUUACUGAAGUUAUUUAGACAUAUUUAAAGUGUCUUUUGCACUAUAUUUGUACUAUGAGCUGAAGUUUCAGCUAAAAAUGACUGGUAUUCAGAAGGGAUUUGCAAACACUUUGUGUGGUUUUAGCGACCAAAUAAUUGUUAUAUUAUAUAUCUCCAGAUUAAGUAUUGUAAUUCUAUUUUUGUAUCCACUUAAACCAUUCACAUAUAUGGCACCACAAGCAGCGUCUGCAAAUUCAGUUUACAGGCUUGGCUCUAACGAGUUUUAGCUGUUUUUCCAGAAGAUCUUGGCAGUAAAUGAGUAAAAAGUCAACAUCAAAGGGAACUCAAGCCAAGCUAAUGUUUUCAUGUGAAUGUACUGUGACUGUAAAACAUUUGUUGAAGGGCCAAGUGACAAGCUCACCUAACCCUGAAAUGAUAAUAAAGCCGAAACUAUGAAUUA